AUGUACCAUACUGAAGAAGUGUAUGAUAAUGUGCCACUAAGUACUGGAGAAGUGUACGACAAUGUACCACUAAGUCCUGGAGAAGUGUACGAUAAUGUGCCACUAAGUACUGGAGAAGUGUACGACAAUGUACCACUAAGUCCUGGAGAAGUGUACGAUAAUGUGCCACUAAGUACUGGAGAAGUGUACGACAAUGUACCACUAAGUCCUAGAGAAGUGUAUGAUAAUGUGCCACUAAGUACUGGAGAAGUGUACGACAAUGUACCACUAAGUACUGGAGAAGUGUACGAUAAUGUGCCACUGGGUACUGGAGAAGUUACUGGAGAAGUGCCACUCAGUACUGGAGAAGUGUACGAUAAUGUGCCACUAAGUACUGGAGAAGUGUACGAUAAUGUGCCACUAAGUACUGGAGAAGUGUACGAUAAUGUGCCACUAAGUACUGGAGAAGUGUACGACGAUGUGCCACUAAGUACUGGAGAAGUGUACGACGAUGUGCCACUAAGUACUGGAGAAGUGUACGACGAUGUGCCACUAAGUACUGGAGAAGAGUUUCAUAAUGUACCACUAAGAACUAGAGAAGUGCCACUCAGUACUGGAGAAGUGUACGAUAAUGUACCACUAAGUACUGGAGAAGUGUACGAUAAUGUGCCACUAAGUACUGGAGAAGUGUACGAUAAUGUGCCACUAAGUACUGGAGAAGUGUACGAUAAUGUGCCACUAAGUACUGGAGAAGUGUACGAUAAUGUGCCACUAAGUACUGGAGAAGUGUACGACGAUGUGCCACUAAGUACUGGUGAAGUGUACGACAAUGUACCACUAAGUACUGGAGAAGGGUGUGAUAAUGUAUCACUCAGUACUGGAGAAGUGUACGAUAAUGCGCCACUAAGUACUUAA